AUGGCGGGCCCGAGUGGAGGCGGGUGGGGACACGGUCCCCCCCCAGUGAAUAAAAGGGGUCGUCAGGCCCCCGAAUGGCUCGAUCCAGCGAACGUACACGGCGAACUGCGCUAUCUGAUUUUGGCGCCCCAGAAGGGUUUUGCCAUUCCGAAGAACGCGUUUUUGAUCGAGAAAAGCCUCUCGCCGUUCGUCGGUCCCAUCGAGCCUUGCGUGCCGAUGGACCAGGGCGCGCGAUAUCUAAUGAAAACACGCAGUCGUGAGCAGUUCGACAAACUGCUUGCGAUCAAGAAACUGAUCGAUGGUACCCCGGUGGAAAUCACCUCUGACCGAGCUCGCAAUACCGUACAGUGUGUGAUGGUCACUCCGUGUCUGGACGGACUAACGGACGAAGAGAUUCUGGCCCAAAUCGAGGGAACUAAAAUCGUGGAGGUGAAGCGGUUCAUGCGCAAGGUGGACGGUGCGGUGAAACCGACCAACGCCUACCUACUACGUGUCGACUCGGUCACGGUUCCGGAGGAGGUGCGCGUUGGCUGCAUCUCGGUGCGCACGCGUCCCUACUACCCCCGGCCCAUGAUAUGCUUUAAAUGCUUGAUUGUGGGACACACCACGGCUCGGUGCAAUUCUGCUCCAGCCUGCCCGAACUGCUCAAUGCCGGAACACGGAUCUUGCAAUAACCCACCCCGAUGCAAAAACUGCAAAGGAGAUCACGCUACCCUGAACCGCUCCUGCCCGGUCUAUCUGGCCGAACAGAACAUUAUCCGCAUCAAGGUGGAUAACUGUAUCAGCUACCCAGAAGCGCGCAAAAUAUACAGUCAGUUCCAGCAAGUGAUUGAGGAACGUGACUUCUUGAAAAGCCAGCUCCAAUCCCGACGCAAGAACAAGCACACCGAAAACGCCGACUCGAACCACACGGACUCGAACAGCGACAGCAACGCUGACGCGAACUCGAGCCCAAACAUGGACACUAACGGGGAACAGAACAUCGACUCAAACAACACUAACGCGAACAACAACACGAACACGGACGCAAACACAGCUACGCAAAAGGACUCGAAGACUUCUACCUCGAUCGGACCGAAACGAAAAGCCUCCCCCUCAUCCUCAUCCUACAGCACCGUCGACACAACAAGCGAAGAGAAAAUUCCUCACGGCAACAACAGUACACCAUCGAAAACAAAAUCGCACAAAAGGGGAAAACGCAGAUCCCAAAAGCGAAAACUAGGCUUUAGACACUGA